CGUUCGCCCCAAACUAUUCUGCUCUCUUUCUUCAUUCCUCGUUCUGUUGGAGGCACAUCGAUAAUCUACUCCACUCUUGUCCAAUUUUUCUUAUAAUCGAUUUUCACACCAGUGUUUUAAUGUCACGUCGGGAAAGACGCUUACCAAAAUGGAGAUAUUACAUAAAUUCAGUUGGGACCUUGUCCUGAUUUUGGCAGCGGCACUUACGUCACCUGCAAUCACGGUGCUGUGUAAUGACAUCCUGGGUCUGAAGGUGGCAGGAGAUCCAGUGCUGACCCCUACCUCUGUCUGCCUGCGGCUGGCGGGCCUGAGCAAGCGUCAGAUGCGUCUGUGUGUUCGGAGCCCCGACGUGACGGCUUCAGCCCUGCAGGGCAUACAGGUGGCCAUCCACGAGUGCCAGCACCAGCUCAGAGACCAGCGGUGGAACUGUUCUGCCCUGGAGAGCCUCAACAAGCUGCCCCACCAGAGCGCAAUCCUCAACAGGGGCUUCAGGGAGACUGCCUUCUCCCUGUCCCUGUUGGCAGCGGGUGUGGCACACUCCGUGGCUUCUGCCUGCAGCCUGGGCAAACUCCGUGACUGCGGCUGCGAGGCCAAGCGUCGCCUGGACGAUGACAAGAUCCGUCUCAAACUCACCCAACUGCAGCUGCAGACCCUACAGAGAGGCGGGGCCAGAGCGGGCAUGGGAGGGGGCGGGGGAGGAGGCCCCCCCGCCCCCCAGGAUUUCAGAGAUGUGCCAGCCAGCCAGCAUUCUAGUUCUACCCACCCCACCUCCCUCCUCAAUCCCCUGCCAGAGGACUUCAGCCCCCAGCAGGAAACCUGGGAGUGGGGGGGCUGUAGCCAUGACACCCGCUUCGGUGAGAGAUUCUCCAGAGAUUGGUUGGACUCCCGGGGGACUCCGAGGGAUAUCCACGCCCGCAUGAGAAUCCACAACAAUAGGGUGGGCCGACAGCUUGUGACUGACAACAUGAAGCGGAGGUGUAAGUGCCACGGCACAUCAGGCAGCUGCCAGUUCAAGACCUGCUGGUACGUGUCUCCUGAGUUCAGGCUGCUGGGUUCUCUGCUGAGGGAUAAGUUCCUCUCCGCCAUCUUCAUCAACUCCCAGAACAAGAACAGCGGGGUGUUCAACCCCCGGGUCGCAGCUGGCAAUGGAGCCUUGAAUGGGGUUAGGAACGGGGCCGGAGUGGGGUCCAGAUCUGGGUCUGGGGGCGUGGGUAGCCCAAACAAUGUGGGUCGGCGGAAGCCGAGUGUGUCACGGGAGCUGGUCUACUUUGAGAAGUCUCCAGACUUCUGUGAGCGGGAGCCGUCCCUGGACUCCUUGGGCACCCAGGGACGGAUCUGCAACAAGACCAGCCACAGCAUGGACAGCUGCGGGUCCCUGUGCUGCGGGAGAGGGCACAAUAUCCUGAAGCAGACACGUAGUGAGAGGUGCCACUGCCGCUUCCACUGGUGCUGCUACGUGCUCUGUGAGGAGUGUCGAGUCACUGAGUGGGUCAACGUUUGUAAGUAGACCAGUAGCCUCCUGUACACAUAAACCGACACAACUAAACCUUUCAUUUGGUAUAUGGGUAGACGAGGCCCAUCCAGGACUCUUACUUACUUAAUCAUCUUAAUGCUUUGGGACGCAUGGGGCCUCCACAAGAGAGAAAGAGUGCUACUAUUUCAAGUCAGCACUAGCAGCCAUCUUGGUAAGGGUUCCUGGCCAGAACACAGUCUUUGAUGUUCUUCUCAACUGUCCUCCAGGUUUCUCCUGGACAUUUUCAGGACACAGGAUGGCAAAAUCGAAAUCCACCCUUUAACUCUGUCCAAUGUACACACAUUCACCCAACCAAACCUUUCAUUUCAGUGUUUGUGUUUCUCUUUGCGUCAGUUAAGUCUCCCACAGAAUCGGUUUAUCCCCCGCUUCUUCUUCUUCUCCUCUUUUUUUUCUUCUUUCCGUCAUCUGGGAUCUAUUUUCCCUUUGUUGCCUGUUGUUAUUCUCAAAAUGCCAAGUCAGAGAUUGAAGACGAGGUGACUCAUGUCAUUUGUCUUUCUUUCCUCGGUGUGUUUGGAUGCAGCUCUUUCAGCCAUGAUAAUCAGAAUGCCCUGGACCCCAUCUGCUGUUCUGCUCUGCUCUCCCCUGGUCUCUGUUCAGAAACAAAGAACACUCAAACAGCAGUAAGGCAUUACUAUUUCAACUAACUAAUGCCUAGGCUACUAUUACAGUGUACAGUUUUUGUGUACAUGAAAAAUGUAUAUUAUUUUGGUGUGUGAAUUUAUUUAGACUCCGUUGCUUGGCAUCUGCUGUGUGGCACCAGUUUAUGAGAGGAACAUAUGAGGCCCAAUGACUGAGUGUUUCUCUGCUCAGGAUGGUGAAAUUGAGCUGAAGUCGUAAUAGUCAGCAAAGCCUGAACACAACAGUGGGACGCUGGAAAACAGACAAGUCAUGUCACGAGUUCUGAUAUGGAAUGUGGUAAUGAACUCCAGAGGACGAUUAUACUCAUUGAAUAUUUUGCACCUGCACCUCAAGACCAAUGGGUUUCAAUUCUUGAAUUCCAAUUCUUCAUUGCAUGAUCCAGGAGGAACUAAGGAAACAGAACUAAAGAGAACCAGGCAUGAUAGUUCCUCAACGUGUUUCCACUACCAACGGAAUCAGAACCACAAGUCAUCUAGUGGGGACAGUUUUUUUCUGUCCAUGGAUUUUCUUGGAGAAGGAAACCCAUGUCUGGCUCUUGGUUGAGGGAUGUUUUUGAUCUCUCUCCAUACUGAACUGCAGGUCAUUUAGGGAAUACUGCACCUAGAACUGUAACACUCAUAACCAGGAAAUGACCACACACACUGUAUUAUUGCUGUUUCUUUUGUUUUGUGAUUAUGUUUUAUUUAGUGAAUCAAUAUAAUUAUUAUGUCACAAAUAUGCCUCUACUUAUUGUUGCCGCACGGAAAUUGUCUCAUUCCAUUGUGAGAACAGCGGUGAUUAUAGGUCUCUGCAUUUCUGAUACGUUUCAAUGCUGUGAAACGUGUGGGAAGGAGUGUAUGAGUGCCCACUUCGAGAGAAAGGUAGAGAAUUGGCACACAUGGAUUGAGUAUAUCAAACCCAGGCAAAGCAUGCUCUAUUCCCAUGACCUGGAUUAGGGAGCUGAUGGUAA